AUGGUGGUUGACUCAUUGGCACUCAGAUAUGCCCACUACGCCAUUGCCUCGUACCAGGCCUUCUCUAGGCACAAAGCCGCCGAGACCAUCCCCUCGAGCGUCAGGCUGCAAGUGUCUUUGCCGCUGCCCAAGACGCUCGUGGUGGAGUGGAUCAAGCCAGAGUAUCAGGAGAUGGUUGAGACUCAAUACAAGGCUGCCAUUGUUCGUGCCAUCGAAGGCAUUCAAGGAUCCAUUCCGCAUCAGGAUCUGGCCAUCCAGAUCGAUUGUCGUUUGACGUCGCCGGAUUUCGAAAUGCGUACCGCCGGCUCAGAGAUAGACGACACACUCCUUCUAGCAAGCUGUGCAGCCAGGCUGGCCCGUUACAUCGCCGCAGAUGUUGAACUGGGUCUUCAUAUAGCCAGUUCCUCUCCAGGUACCACGCAAAGCAUUGUCGAUAUGGCCAAGGCUGUGCGAAGACAGUGCUCUAAGCCCGUGGCUUGGAUGCAUCUUUCCCUGCCUCCAGACACCACCAAUGAGCAAUCUCUCCUUCCCCUUGAAGAUUUGGCACCUGACAGAUUUCCCACCAAGACUGAACUGGUACUUGGUCUCGUGUUGCCUCGAGAUGAAGAAGGGAGCCGGCGGCGUCUCUUCAAGGCUGCGGAACGUUUGGGCACUACCGACUUUGGGAUCUCUGCGGCUUGCAAUCUCGUGGACUUGACGCAAGACGAUUUCAAAGAUGUUCUUCGGAUUUUGAGGGUGCUGUCGAUGCCCCAUGAAUGA